UUCCAGGCCUCCCGCGUCCGGAGGUGCGAACCCGAAGGUCGACCCAGGUGAUGCGAGCGUCCAGAGCUUGUGGGCGGCGCCCGCGAAGGAGGCGCUGAGAGGCCCUGCUCGGCGUGAGGCGGCGUGGGGCCUGGCGCAGUCCCUGGCCAAGAAAUGGGACGCCGGUCAUCGGACACCGAUGAAGAGAGCAGAAGCAAGAGAAAAAGGAAACACCGGAGACGCUCCUCUUCGAGUAGUUCCUCGGACAGCAGGACGUACAGCCGCAAGAAGGGCGGCAGGCGGCCACGGUCCGAGUCCAGGUCCUGGUCUAGAGACCGCCAGCCUCGCUCACAUUCCUAUGAGAGAAGACGCAGGCACAGGUCAAGCAGCAGCUCUUCUUACGGCUCCCGAAGAAAACGCAGUCGAAGUCGAUCCAGGGCUCGAGGAAAGUCCUAUAGAGUUCAAAGGUCUCGGUCCAAAAGCAGAACAAGAAGGUCCAGAUCAAGACCUCGUCCACGUUCCCACAGUCGAAGCAGUGAAAGGUCCAGUCACAGAAGAACCCGUAGCAGGUCUAGGGAGAGAGAGCGACGGAAAGCCCGGGACAAAGAGAAGAGAGAGAAGGAGAAGGAGAAAGGCAAGGACAAAGAAGUGCACGGCAUCAAACGGGGGGAAUCUGGAAACAUCAAAGCUGGAUUAGAACAUCUGCCACCAGCUGAGCAGGCCAAAGCCAGACUACAAUUGGUUCUUGAAGCUGCUGCAAAAGCUGAUGAAGCCCUAAAAGCCAAAGAAAGGAAUGAAGAAGAAGCAAAGAGGAGAAAAGAGGAAGACCAAGCCACCCUGGUGGAACAAGUAAAAAGAGUUAAAGAAAUCGAAGCCAUUGAAAGCGAUUCUUUUGUUCAGCAGACAUUCAGAUCAAGUAAAGAAGUCAAAAAAUCAGUAGAACCAAGUGAAGUGAAGCAUGUGACUCCACCACCAGGACCAGCAUCAGUAGCCGCUGACCCACCCAGCAUCGGAAAGGAAAUAGACCCCGACAGCAUCCCCACGACCAUCAAGUACCAAGAUGACAAUUCUCUGGCUCAUCCAAAUUUAUUUAUUGAAAAAGCUGAAGCUGAAGAAAAGUGGUUCAAGAGAUUAAUUGCUCUCCGACAGGAAAGACUAAUGGGCAGUCCUGUGGCCUGAGGAAGAGAUUCGCGGUUGAAUUGACAGAAGCCUUGAAAAUUUAGGUUUUUAAAUACCAAUAUUAACUUUUACUCUUCAAAACAAUUUAGCCAGUUACAUAGAAAGAAAAUCUCAUUUCUUCUCUCGUGUUCAACUGAGUAUUUGUUGGUUCAAAUCAAACAUUGGGAAUAGUGAAUCUGUUGUAAAAAGGUGUGUGUGCAUGAACAUAUUAUCCUGUUAAUAAAGCUAAUCAUAAAAAUGUCAGUGUUGAAGUAAAUGAAUAUUCAAUAGUGUAUCUCAUUACAGUUUUUACAAAAUCAUGUUUUUGACCCAAUAUUGGGUAAUCAUACAUAUAUAUAAGAGCCAUAUUAUUUAGUAUAAGAGUUCAUCUCCCUAUGUAUUGUAAAGCCCUUCUUGAAUCUCUUAUCUCACCUUUCUUAAAAUUUUUAGGUAUCAGCUGGGCGGUGGUGGCGCACGCCUUUAAUCCCAGCACUCGGGAGGCAGAGCCAGGUGGAUCUCUGUGAGUUCGAGGCCAGCCUGGACUACCAAGUGAGUCCCAGGAAAGGCGCAAAGCUACACAGAGAAACCCUGUCUCGAAAAACCAAAAAAAAAAAAAAAAAAAUUUUUAGGUAUCAUAAAAGGUACCCUUUUAUGAGAUGUAAGCAAUGACCAUGUUGGAUUUGAACUAAAACUUCUUCUUGUGCCAAGUGUGGUGUCAAGCCUCUAAUCGUAGACCUCUGGAGGCUUAGGCAAGAGGGUCUCAACUCCAGUCUGCACUCCACAGCUAGUUCUGGGACACUUGGACCACAUGGUGGAACCUUGUCUGAAAAAACUUUUAAUUAGAGAUCAGUUGGUAUGAAGUGCUGUAAGCAGACGCAGUCCUUCCUUUAGAAAUCACAUGCCCCUUGCGUUAGUCCCUUUGCACUGCUGUGACAAAAGGCCUGGCCUGACUUCAGAGGGAAGGCUUUUGUCUAUGGCUUGAGAAGUAUCGGUCCAUGGUCAGCUGGUUCCACGGCUUUCAGGCCUGUAGCAGGCAGAAACACAGCAAGAGGGCAAGGCACAGGAAAGCCGUUCACUAUCGACUGUCAGGAAGCAAAGAGACCGGAAGAGGCCACAGCAUACCCUUCAGAGAUAUGCUCCUCUUACCUGCUUCCCGUCUGUUCCCUCCCUCCUGGCAGCCCAUUCAGCUGUGGACUCAUGCUUUAACCCAUUGGUGGAGUUACAGUCCUCAUGAUCCAGUAACUCUCUCAACAGGGAGUGUUGAGCCUUAAGCAUUUGAGCCUUUGGGGACACUGUGUAGAAUGCCUUUCUCUAGCAGCUGGGCAACAGAACAACUCACUGGAAUCCGUACUAAGUGUACUGGAGAGAAGGACUCAGGUCCUUGCUGUACAAAACUGGAUUUCAACCCCUGGCUCAAAUACUUCCUUUUUCCAUCUUGUUCUGCUUACUUUCACAUGGUCUCUAUGAAGGCUGGAGCUUAAGAUACAGCCAUGGCAAGUCCUUGGGAUAUGAUACAUAGGACACUUUGAUUCCGUCUUUUUCAUACAUUAGAAGUACAGAAAUUCUCGGCUCUGUUAAAAAUGAAAAAUAUGAAGAACUUACACUCAGUUUUCAAGUAUUAUGAAGAAGUUUGUUUUAAAUCCUUGUUUUUAUGAAUACAUUGUCUUGAUCUUAGUGGUGGCUGUCUUCCUCAGCUCUCUAAGUAAACAUGCUCAGUCUGAAGGCAGAUCUGCACAGGCUCACAGUAGUGGGUUCAGGAGGGAUUAGAGUUUCUGAAAUAGUUUACUUUUUAAUACUUUGUAUAAUUUGUAAACUGUAAAUGUGUUCUCACCCUCUUAGGAAAUGUAUGUCUAGGAAAGGAUAUAGGCUGCCACCUGGGCACAGGAAGUCUCCAUCAUUUUCUCAGUGUGGUUGAGGCUCCCCAUCUCUACAGCAAUGAGGAUACUAUGACCUACUUUCUAAUCUACCUUCCCCUCAUAUUCCUCGAUGACAGGUACACCAAACACAGGGGCUUGAAUUAGAAUGAAGUCAUAUUUUAAAGAAAAUGUUUUGUGGAAACAAAAUCAAGUUGAAGUUUGUUGUUUUUUUAAGUGAACAAAUAAACUUGGUCCUAAAUAA